AAACCCGAGCAAACACACACGAUAUUUACAGAAGAGAAGUGACUUUCAUCAAGAAAGAAAAAUGAGUGGAGUGAGCAGUACCUCAGAAUCAGAUUUGGCUGUUCUAGAUUCAAUUCGCCAGUUUCUUCUUUCUGAUGAUUUCGAAAAUACAAUGACUUUUUCUGUGUGUUGCCAGACUUCAAGCUUCAGUAAUAUCAUCUUACAAGAGGAGGCGGCCACAAACGUAUGCGUGACGAGUAAUAAGUCUCAAACGCCAAAGAAGGAAUGGAACUACAGGGGAGUGAGGAGAAGGCCGUGGGGAAAGUUUGCAGCGGAAAUUAGGGAUCCUACGAAGAAUGGCUCCAGAGUUUGGCUUGGUACGUACGAAAGGCCUGAGGACGCAGCGCUGGCUUACGACAAAGCCGCUUUUAAAAUGCGCGGAUCCAAAGCUAAGCUUAAUUUUCCGCAUCUCAUUGGCGUGGAUGGGUACGAGCCCGUUAGGGUUAACCAUAAGCGCCGCUCACCGGAGCCUUCUUUUUUGUUAUCCUCAUCAGACGAUAGCUCUUUAAGCGGAGAAGAUGAUGGAUCAAUCCAAACCCCUAAAAGGAAAAAGGGCUUCUCUAGUGGUAGUUUGUGAUGUAUUUAAGUAAUUUUCACGUGGGAGUAAACAGCUCCACUGCAUUUGCUUAGCCAUAAUAGAUACUCAAGUUAUAUGGAAUUUUCAGAUUUAUUUAGAACCAUAUAUAAACUUGAAAGGAGAGCAAAUGCAUGAAAC